CUGGAAAAUGUCGGACAAACUAGAUAUUUUGCUCACAUGGAGGUUUGCAGGAGGCAUGGAGCAGCCGGGACUGAUUCCAAUCAGUGCCAGUUACGUAGAAAAGCCAGUUGCUCUAAUCGGAAUUCUUAUACACGAGUUGGUUCACCAAUGGACGGGUGGUUUAAUUGUGAACGACUGGUGGUCUGAUUUCUGGAUCAAUGAGGGACUAACUUACUAUUAUGCAGACGAAGUUGUCAGAGAGGCCGUGAGACAAGAAGUACUACCGUCUUCAUUUCUCCCAACUUAUUACCUAUACUCUCACUACGACAACUACGCAAUCACUCAAAAAGUCCAUACUGUUCGAGCAAAUGAACACUUUUAUGGAUUUAACAUGGCCCUUUUUUACAAAGCAAGGAAUGUUGCUUUUAUGUUAGACACUGCAAUGGAAGGCAAUCUUUCAGUCUGUCUCGGAUUAGCGAUGGAAAAUUACACUUUCAGAUCUUUGUCAGGUCUGACGCUCAACAAAGAACUAUCUAAUUGUCCUCAUUCGAACCUUAACGUAGUUAACUUCAUGCAAUAUUGGCUUUAUGAAGAGAUGCUUCCAAUUUUGAAACUAGAACUGCAAAAUGAAACUGCUAUUUUUACUUAUUCGCUCCUCUGCGAUUUAGACGCUAUAAAAAAUGCAAGUUGCGAGACGCAUAAAAAAUAUACACCUCAAUUUGCGAUAAAAUUUCAGGACCAAGAUUAUAACUUGCUUCAAAAAGUUCAAAUUAUUUCCGAUUUUCCUUCUGAGAUAAAACUUAACUUUUCAGUGGAGGACAACCAAUUAUUCUUCGUAAACGCGUUUGAAGGGAGAAAUGUUUUGGUUCAAUAUCCUGAGUUUGUUUACGAAGAGUUUUUUAAUUGGAUUGAAUCAGAAAAAUUCACAUACGAUCGCCCGGACAACCAUUUCCUAUUGAUGUUUAUAAUGGACAUGCUUCAGUUGUCAGCAAGGGAACUAAUCAAAUCUGAUUGGACAAUAAAAAUAAGGAACAAACCUUCGGAACUAAAGAAAAUGGGAGCAAAGAGAUACGUGGAAGACAUUAUAGACGAUAUCAGCACACAUUGUUUUGAUCAAAGCUUUUUCCUGACUUUAACCGGAAACUAUCGAGGUUGGGAUAACAUUUCUUCGCUUGCACCUGUCAGUACAUCCAAUUCUACUCGUGAAAACUGUUUCGUAGACACUGAGGAGAACAUGAAUAUCCAACUGAAUAAUGAGCGUCUCAGGACCCUUAUAAUGUUUGCACUCAACGGCCACGAAUUUUGGGCAAAUCUAUAUGGAAUAAUUUGCUAA